AUCAUUACAGAGUCAAGCUGAUCAUUACCCACAGCUGGUUUUCCCCUGUACAAUCCUUAUACUUGUAUUGGACGAACAGGAAGAUGGUUGAAGAUCUGAAAAGAAAACUGCUCAUGGUUCUUGCUCUUCUCUUGCUGCCCAGCUCAGCACAAACAGGGAAUACAGACAGGCUCUCAGAGCAUCACUGCACAGACUUCCAGAGAGCCAACUUCCUACGGGGCAGCAAACUUAAGGUCCAGUUUCUUCUGUUCACUGCCUUGAGCCCCAGCUGUGGAGAGCUGAUUUCAGCUGAUGAUGACAUCAAGAACUACAGCUUCAACAGCAGCCUGGAAACCAAAAUCAUCAUCCAUGGUUUCAGGGCUUUGGGUACCAAACCUUCCUGGAUUGAAGGGCUUGUCCAAGCCAUUCUGCACACCAGCCAGGUGAAUGUGAUCGCAGUAGACUGGGUUUAUGGGUCUACAGGAGCCUAUCCCUCCGCAGUGGAAAAUGUCACACAGCUGGCCCUCGCCAUCUCACAGUUCAUCAGCAAGCUCCUGGCCCUGGGAGUCUCAGGGACAUCUAUCCACAUCAUUGGGGUAAGCCUCGGAGCACACGUCGGGGGCCUGGUGGGGCACUUCCAUGGCGGUCGCCUGGGACGGAUAACAGCCCUGGAUCCUGCAGGCCCAAAGUACACCAGAGCCAGCCCCGAGGAACGCCUGGAUCCUGGGGACGCCCUCUUCGUGGAAGCCAUUCAUACUGACGCUGACAAUUUUGGGAUCCGGAUUCCUGUAGGCCACAUCGAUUAUUUUAUCAAUGGAGGCAAAGAUCAGCCAGGAUGCCCCCGAUUCAUCUCUGCAGGCUAUAGCUUCCUGAUCUGCGAUCACAUGCGGGCCGUACAUCUCUACAUCAGUGCCUUGAGCCACCCCUGUCCCAUCGUGGGGUUCCCCUGUGCAAGUCAUCAAGAUUUUCUAAAUGGUCAUUGUCUGGACUGUGCAAAACACUUCCUGUCCUCCUGUCCCAGAAUAGGCCUGCUGGAGCAGGCAGGUGUCAACACGAGCAGGCUGCCCCAAGAAGUGAAAGUUUUUUUAAUGACCAGUCCUUCAGCCCCAUUCUGUGUCCACCACAGCCUGGUUGAGUUCCAGUUGCAGAAGAAAAGAAACAGAGUCACCAGCAUUGAGGUCAGUUUCAGCAGCAACAGCACCAAGGACACAGCAAAGAUCACCAUACCCAAGGACCAGGAGACAGGCAAACGGCUGCUGGCCCACCGAGUUCCCCUCUGCCAGAUAAACAGUGUGACCCUGAAGUAUAUCCCCAAUAACCUUUUUUGGAGAAAGGAUGAGCCAUCCAUUGUUGGCAAGUUCUGUGUAGCACCACUGCCUCUCAAUAGCAGCAGGACAAUGUCAUGUCUGCCCUGGAGCCUCACCCUCCCCAGCAAAACAGACAUCUCGUAUGACCUGCCUACUGCUUGUGCCUAGCUCUGCCUUCAGGAUACACAGAAGCAGAAAGGAGUCCUGAACCUAUUGCUGCUCUCUUCUCCCAGAUGAUACUUUCACCAUAAAACUGGAUGGGUUUUUUACUCCCUGCAUUAGGGGCAAGAUGUCAAGGAAAAGAAGUGCAUGGCAGAUUGACAAAUACAAGGUUAACUGGUUACAGCAAAAUCUCCCAGUUAAAAGACUGGAUUGACACUUUUGUCUCACAGGUUCUGUACCCAGCUCUCAAAGUGAGAUAGAAAAGUCAUUUAAUCUUGAGGCUUGAAUCUGUAUGAAAGAAGGAGAGGAUAAUAUAAUUCUUUUUAUAGUGGGAGUAUUAGUGUAAUUCAUUAGUGUUUUAUAUAUAAACUGUUCUGUAAUCUUCAUAUUAAAGGUGAGAGGUACUAUUUUUCCUCAGCAAGAGGAAACUGUGUGGUUCAAGUUUGGCACAUGAAGGAGUCACUCUUAGCCAGAGCUCCAGUGGGAAACUUGCUAGUCCCAUCUACAAGAUGCUUUCAGAGGGAGACCCUAUUGAUUUCACAGCACAUAAAUCUCUCUGAAGCUCACAUGAAGUGAAGCAGGCAUCAGGAGCAGCACAGAGCUCUCACAUCCAAUUUUGCAUGCUUUCACCAUCUGCUCAGAAUAGAAGGUAGUAGGAGAAUGGAGCACUGUAGCCACAGGGCCACCUACCACAAAUUAAUCCCAGGAACUCAGCACAGCUGUUCAGACCUGAAAAAGUAGUUGAAAUCUGAAAAUAAUUGGUGAAAGAUUACGGUGGGAUGCAUGACCACAGAAACAACACACCCACACCUUUUCCACACCACCAUACAUUUGCAAAUUAAAGAGGUGACAAGUCUUUCAUCAUUUCUGCCCACAAAUCACAUGUUCUGUUGACCAUUUUCUCUGGUUGCCUGUAGUGACUUGAAAAGUGCACCACGGAUUCCAUGAUCAGGGGUGAAGGGCAUGCUAAAAGCAUUGAAGAAGUGUCUGAAGUCAUUUGCUGUUCACUCCUGCUUCACUAGAUAGUGUCACAGCAAAAUCCAGGAUUUUGGGCUCUGCCUUAUGACUGUUUGGAAGGACAGCUAACAAACACCAUCUCCAACACACACUUGGGAGAGGGAUAGAGCUGGACUCUGACAACCUGAGAGAGAUUCAGGUUAGUUGGCACCAUGAUUGAAGAGUUUCCUGGGAUCUUCUUGUUGAAGACUGGAAUAUAAGUUCAGCAGACACCUGUGAAGGACAGUGUGUAAUUCAGCCCAGCCUGAUCCACUGCUUCAGGCAGGUGCAUAAAGCACCUCGACAGAUGGAGCCAGUUCCACUGCACAUUUCAGCUUCUUUGCAGAAGAGACCCCAACAGCUCCCAUGUCAAUCUGCUGCAGACAUUUCCGAGCUGUGAAAGGCAGUGGGGUCAGGCUGAAGCACCAAUGUAUUGACAGAGCAUGAUCACAACCAUGAGCAGGAUGAUUCCCAGGCCUGGGACAGCCCCAUUCUCCUGCCCUGGUGUGGCAGCAAAGGUGAGCAGUGCAAGGAGCUGUGUACAUCACAGAUCCCACAUAUCCACCACUCCAGUGGCCCUCAGCAAGAGAGCCAGAUCCCAAGCACAGGUUUUGGCCAGCUGAGACUUGUGAGACAGGUCAAACCAGAGGCUGGGCCACAGCCCCUGCGUGAGCAGGGCAGUGCAGGUGGGGCUGCCUCCACCAGCCCAGGGCUGACACAAAGUCAGCCCCACAGGCAGAAUGGCUGUGCCCCAGCAUGUCUGUGCCAAGAGGCACUGAAGGACACCCUUCCCUGUGGUGACAGAAGGACCAACAUUCCUUGCUCUUUCCCUGAAUACUUGCCCUGGAGAGGCUCCUUCUCCCAUUGCUCAACUUGAUUGCACCAAGCUCUGUGAGACAGAGGAUUCUUCCACAGGUACUUCCAUUUCCCUGACUGAGGAAAUAGUUGCGGAAGCUCAUGAGACAAAUCCUGCUGCAGCUGAACGUGGAAGGAGCCUUCCAUCUCUACACUAUUUUCAUUAAGGCAUUGCCCUUGCUACCAAUGGCUGCUCUCUUCACAGAUGUUUUGUAUCCAUUACUUUCUUCAUUUGAUGUUUGUGCACCCUGAGGUCACACCCACCUUGAGCACACACAAAAAAGGGUUAUUUCCUACACCUGUUCCCAAUCUAAAUUCCUUCUCUUUCUUAUUUCAAGAAUCAAUGCAAACAACCAACCAGAAGUCUUUUUUCACUAGCUUCUUUGAGAAGUUGUGCUUGUCAUAAAUGAGAAAUCCUAUCUCCUGGAAAAGUAAUUUCUGGUCUUACUAGAGUGGAUGCCCAGUGAGAUGCAUAUCAUCAAACUCUCCAUUGCAAGCCCUUUACCAA